CAGCCAUAAACAACAUGCAAAGUGAAAGAGCCAUCAACUGAGCUCAGUAUUUGAUAUUUUAUUUGGAUUCCUUUGAAGUUAGAAUUUGAUGGAGCACGCACCGAAAUAAUCCAGCAUCGCUUGGAAUAUUGUUUUUACAAACGCUAGAUGAUGUUUGAGACCUAUGUUGCAUGAGGGACCUUGAGUCGUGAUGAGUGCUGAGCUGAAGAAGGACAAAAAAGACAAUGAUAAUAGGAAGAAGAAUAAGAAGAAGAAAGGCAAGAAGAGGAACGAUGGUAACAUAGACGACCUUCAGCAAGACGUCGAUCAGGUUGCGGAGAUCAUGGUGACUAAUAUUGACAAGCUACUGGAGAGGGGAGAUAAGCUAGAAGAUUUGAUGGAGAAUGCUGAGGAUCUAGAAGCUCAGGCGAAAGGCUUCCAAGUUGUCACAAAGAAAGUGAAAGAAAAUGAGAAAUGGAAAUACAGAAAAACAAAGAUCUGCCUGGCGCUGAUAAUCCUCUUCAUUUUGAUAGCCGUUGUAGCGAUCGUCCUAUUGAUAGUAAAGCCAUGGUAGUAAUGCCAGAAUACUCUCCUGCGUUUCUAAACCGACCAAAGGAUCCAUCCAUGGAGCGCCCUCUUGUGUCAUAAUAUCGAAAGGGCAAUGUGGCGUGCACCUGUAAUCUGUAUCCUACAUGGUGAAAGUUACAAAUUGUUGCAGAGAUUUGGGCUUGUCAGAUCCUUCGGAUGGUGACGUUAAAGAUAAAUGCCAGUUGUGGCAACGAUUUCUAAAUGAGUACUUUCAAACAGAAUCUAAUAAAAUGUCAGACCACCCAAGCGUUUGUAUGUAUAAAUAAAAAUCAUGUGCCAAAUGGCUCUGGAAAAAGAUGUGUAAUUGCUCAGAAUUGAGCAAUAUAAGCACAAAAUUUAAUGCGUCGGGUAUUCUUCCAAAUAAUAGUAAUACACUGUCCCACAUAUGCCUUUUUGUAUUGGUGAUCAUCAGAAUUAUCGAUUUUCAGCUAAGAUUUCAUGAUUUUUUCAAGAUAAGUUUAUUUCACUGUUCCAGAACUAGAUCUACGAUAAUAUGGUGGCAUUUAACCUUGAUUUUAAAGACUUUCUCAUGAAAUAAUUUUUUGCUGCAACUACUUUCUUUUAGUUUGAAAGGUUGGCCCCAGAUGUGGAUAAUCAUAUCUGAGUGAUACAUAUGUUAAAAAACUCAAUUACAUUCACUAAUGCCAUACUAAGAAAGCAAAAUCAGGGUGUUUUGCCAGUACGUGUUGCAUUUUCUAAUUUCGCUUCUUCCAAAGAGGUUGACUUCAUAGCGGCGUCUAGUGCCAAAAUGUUGAAAUGACAGCUGUAUGAAGAAUGGUGGAAAACUCAGGGUCUUUGAUGAUGCACUGAUUGCACUACAGUCACACCUAUGAAACUGACUCCAGGCAAAGAUACUACAAGAAGAAGAUCGGACACGCAGGCGAUAUUAUUGAAACGCUCCCAAACGCCAUAAAAAUGCUCAUGGGGAAGGAUGCCCACUAGCUUUGAGUAAGUAAACCCAUCGCACAUCGGCAUGCGGCUGUGUAUAAAACAUAUGGGGGAAAUGAGAGAGGGGCCUAUGGAGAGGGCUCAAGGGUGGUGCAUGGGAUUCAUUCCACCCUUUUUUACCCAGAAACCUCUGAAAUGUAUUCAUCUUUAAUUUAAG